AUGCGCCUCAUCAACAAUGCGACGCUCGCGCUCGAGUCCUUCAUGGGCAAGCCGCCGCCCUACGCCAUCCUCUCGCACACUUGGGCCGACGGGGAAGUCACAUAUGAGGACUUUUCCGAAGCCGACCCUCAAGCGCGGACGCAGAAGAAGGGUUUCCGCAAGAUCGCCAUGACGUGCGAGCUCGCAGUGCGGGCGGGCCUCACGCACUCGUGGGUCGACACCUGCUGCAUCGACAAGCGCAGCAGCGCCGAGCUCACCGAGGCCAUCAACUCCAUGUUCCGGUGGUACGCCGACGCCGCCGUGUGCUUCGCCUGGCUGGCCGAUUUAGCUCCCGAUGAGGCGGCAGAGGCAUCGCUGUCCGGGCUCUCGCUAUCGGCACAUCGGUCACCGCGCCACCGGCCGCAACAGCAGGAGGUCGAGGCCGUGACGAUACCUGGCCUGGAGCGAUGCCGCUGGUUCACCCGCGGCUGGACCCUGCAGGAGCUCAUCGCGCCGCGGACAGUGCAGUUCUACGACCGCGACUGGCACCGUCGCGGCACCAAGGCAGAACUGAGCGCACAGCUCGCCCGCGUUACCAACGUCAGCCGCGAGGUGCUCGCCAACCCGGCGCGCAUGCACCGCCUGUCCGUAGCCUCGCGCAUGGCCUGGGCAUCCGGGCGCGAGACCACGCGCGUCGAGGACACGGCCUACUGCCUGCUGGGCAUCUUUGACGUCAACAUGCCGCUGCUCUACGGCGAGGGCGAGCGCGCGUUUCUCCGGCUGCAAGAGGCCAUUGCGUCGCAGACGAAUGACUUUUCGCUGUUUGCGUGGACGGCCCAGCCACCACCGGCCUCGGAAGCGGCAGAAAGGGGCAAGAAGCCGCAGAGCUACUGCGGGGUGUUCGCCUCGUCGCCGGCAGACUUCCGUGGGGCGGCGUCGAUACGGCUGCUGCGAGACGCGGCGUUUGACCCAGAGUUCAUCAUCACAAACAAGGGGCUGCGCAUGAACACAAACAUCUUUCCUGGGGAGGGCGGUUACUUCCUUGGCCUCAACUGCACUCACCACGUCGAUCCAUCUUCGCAGAGUCAGAAUUACGGCACGGUAGAGCCUGGCGAGGAGCUUGGCAUCUGGAUCCAGCAGCACGGCGGCGGCGUGUACAGCCGCGUCCGCUCACACGAAUACGCCCGGCAACCACCCGGCGUCAAGGCCAAGCCAUCACGCAUCUUCCUCUCGCGAUUCGUCUCCGCGGAGCUCUCCCUCGAGCUCGAGGGCAGCCAAGACUGCGCACUCGUCCUGCGCCGCGGCUUCAACGAGCAUCUCGUGACGCACAGCCCCGAAUUCCCCUUCGCCGCGAACCAAGUCCUUCCCGCGGAGCAAUGGGACGCGCAGCGACGCAUGUUCGUGACGCGCGGGGCCCAGGGCGGCGGCUUCGCGGCGUACGCGUACUUCAUGGCGCGGUUCGACAGCGAGGUGUUCCGCGAGGAGGUGGUGUCGAGCGCCGAGAGCUUCGUCCUGGCGUUUGGGUGGCGCGCGGGCGAGGACGAGCCGUGGGUGUGCGUCGCGUCGAUGCGCGAGCCCGAGGUGUACCAGGCCAUGGGCGACGCGAGCAGGAUGGCGGCGGCGAUUGCGGACGCGGGCGGCAGGGGCGUCAGGGAGCUGGUGCUGCGGGACUACUACCAGUGGAUCACAAAGGUCGUUCGCGUGUCGGUGGAGGCGGUGGCGACGGAGGGCAUGGUGGUGUAUAACAUUGACAUGGAGUUGGUUGACCCGCCGGAGCAUGUGCUCAAGGGGCCGGAGGGGGCGCUGUCGCAUCCGGAGAGUCCGCUGUACAAGAAGAUGCAACCGAAGCCGAGCCGGCGGCGGCGGUAG